AUGCUGCGAAAUACGACAAAGGCAAACUUCCCUGUGUGUGACGAUAAUUAUAGGAUGGAAAAAAAAAAUAUUUACAAUAAAAGAAUAGAGAAAGAAAUAAAAAAUUUAAAAGAAUCGAAAUUCUCAAAUAAUGACAAUAUAUAUAUAACAAUCACCGAAAAAGAUGAAAAUGAAAAUGAGUAUGAUGAUGUAAAUAGUUCUGAUUAUAUACAACAAAAUAAAUAUUUACAAUUGGUAGAAGCUUUUGACGAUAAUUAUUUUAUCGAUAAAACAUUUUUUAUAACAAAUUUUAUAGAAAAUAUAAAAGUAUUAAAAAAUAGUAACAUAGAAUUAUAUAAUAAAAAUAACAAGACAGAGUUAAAUGGAAAUAGAAAUAAUUAUUUUAACUGUGAAGAAAUAUACAAAUUUAAUACUUAUAAAAAUAGCAUUUGCCCAUUUUAUGGAUUAUAUGAAUCACUAAAUUUAGAACUUAUUUUUAACUCAUAUUCGUUAUUUUUAGAUGAAAUAUGUUAUUUUUUAAAAAUCUUUGACAUUUUUAAAUCCGAAUUCAUAAAAGAGCAUGACAGAUUUAACGAUUCGAACAGAACUGAUAAUAAAAAUGGAAAAGAUAAUUAUGAUAAAUAUAAUAUUUCUGGAAAGGAAGAAAAAGUGAAAUUAAAUUUUUAUGCAAAUAUAUUUUUUGAAAUUAUAUACAAAGAUAUAACUACACAUUUGCAACAAAUUCAAAGAGAAUUAAUAAAUAAAAUUGUUGAAACUGAUGAAUAUAUAAUGGAAAAUUUUUAUAACAAUUUUUAUAACUUUUUUAUGAAAUAUUAUACCAUAAAAGAAAGUAUUGUAUACGAUUUUUGCAUUUUCAACGAUUACCCAUUUAGUGAAGUAUAUGUACAUUUAAAUAAUAUACCUUUUUGUUUUUUAAAAAAAAAAAAUGUAAUAAAAUUAACAGGAGAUAAAUAUAAUAAAAGAAAUAUUCUUAGUACAUUAAUAAAUUCAAAAGAUUGGAUACCUAAAAUAACAAUAUUAAAUUUAUUUGAAAAAUCUCAAGAUUUUGCUCAUAAACUAUUUUUUUAUUAUCAAUAUAAAAUAUUUAUAUUUUAUUACUAUUUAAAUAAACAUAAAAUAUUUUGCAAAUUUUUUGAGAAUAAUUAUGUAAUUGAUAUUGAAACUUCACAUUUAGUAUAUUCAUAUAUAAAAAAGGUGAAUAAAAAAUUAAUUACCCAUGAAAAAAAACCUAAAAAAAAUUAUUCAAAUAUGCUUUAUAAAAUUAACAAUUGCGAAUGUAUAAAUGAAAAUGUUUUUUUUUAUAAAUUAUUUUAUAACUAUAAAAAAUUAAAAUUAGAAAAAGACAACAUCAUAAUAGACGUGUCAAAUUGUGAAACACACGGUGUAAAAGUAAAAAAAAAAAAGAGAAAAAAUAUAUAUCAAUAUUAUAUAUAUUUGUUUUUUAUUCUCUUUAUUUUUUUAAUUCCACAAUUUAUUAAAAAUAUAUAUAUAUUAUUUCAAACACAUGAAAUUGAUAAUUACUUUAACGACGCCAAAAUUGGAUAUAUAAAUUUUGAUUAUCAAGAAGAAAAAAAUAAUUUUAACAAUUAUCCAAUUUUUUACAUAUAUAUAAAUACUCUUAAAAAAAUAAGUCACUAUAAUAUAAAAGAUGGACAAAAAAUAAUCGAAAAUGAAAAUUUUGAAAUAACAAAUGAUUUACAAGGAAAUAACAUUAAAACAGAACAAACAGAGACGAAUGACAAUGAUAAUAUAAAAAUUAAAAAAUUAAAAAAUAAUAUUUGGAAGGAAAAAAAAAUAGAUAUAAAUAGCAUGUCUUUGAAAUAUACAGUAUUUUUAAUGUUAAUUAUAAUUUCAGAAUUUUGUAUAUUCUCAUUAGGAGUGAUAUAUAAUUUACACUUACUUCGAACAAAAUUUGAACAUAUAAAUUUUGUGACAAAUGUAUGCUCAUCGGUUUUAAUAUUAUAUAAUCCAGUUUUAUUAUGUAGUAAAAUAAAUUAUAUAAAUAGUAUAUCAAUCGGAUUACUAUUUUGGAGUAUAAAUUUUAUAAUUUUAAAAAAAAUAUUUCUAGCCAUUUUAAUAUAUUUUAUAUCAAUAUAUAUUAAUAUACAGAACAUAAUUUUUUUUUUCCCAUUUAUGUUUAUAUAUGUAUACAUAAAUGGCAGAUAUAUAAUAAAAAAGGGUAAUCAAAUAAAAAGUCAAAUAAUAAAUAUAUAUAAAGCUUUGAAAUAUGCUAUUAUAUAUAUUUGUUUAUUUAUUAUAUUAACUUAUUUUUUUUUAUAUUUAUUAUCCGAGGAAAAAGUUGGAGGGUUAGCACAUUUGAAUAAAUGCUUCAACUAUUUUAAUAAUACAUAUUUUGAAAAAAUUGAAAAUGUAUUUAUAAGUUUAACAAAAUUAAGUGGGUUGUCUAUAACAUCAGAAUUUGGCAAAAACAGUACUAUAUAUAAAAAUAAUACAAGACACUGUGAUAACAAUUGGAAUGAAUAUUUUAUGUAUAUCAUGAAAUCCAUUCCAAUAAUAUUAACCUUAUUUUUUAAUUAUAUUUUUUCUAUAAGCACAUUAAUCAAAUUUUAUAUAUCUCUGAUUAUUUCGUGUAUAACAUUUUUCCUCAUUAAUAUGAAUUAUAAAGAUAAAUAUUAUUUACUAAAAUUUAUGUUAACAUUAUUAUUAUUGUAUAUAAAUGUACUUAAUAAUACAAGCAUAUUAUUAAAUAUCCUUUUUACUUCGUAUAUAAUAUUGAUAAAUGAAAAUUUGGAUGGCUAUAUAUUUUUAUUAACUAUAACAUAUUUUAUUUUCCACACCUAUUUAAUGUAUCCAUCAAACAAUUUUAAUCGAAAUAUAUAUUAUCAAACAAGAAUAGGAACAGAACUAAUAAAACAAGUGUUUAGUUAUAUUCAAAUUAAUUUAACAUAUUUUUAUCAAACAUGUAUAAAACGUUUUUUGCUAUCUCUUUUUAUUUUUAUCCCCGGAACAUCCUCUUCAAUUAUUUCUCCAGAAAUUGAAAGAAAUGUCAACAAUAUGAAUAAAAAAAUAGAAAUACAACAAAAAAUUGUUAUAUGUUUAUAUUCCCAUUUGUCUUGGAACUAUUUAUCCAUUCCAUUAUCUUUUUUUUUCUUUUUCCUUUUUUUUCUUAUUGGAUUAUUAAAGUUAUGCUACCCAAAGAUUUGCAUAAAAAGUGCAGAAUCUGUUCUCAAAUUUUGUACCCACAUUUCAUUGUUGAUAAUAUUAAUGCUACUUUACAAAAAACGAGAUACUUUUAAAAAAUACGAUUUUUUGAGUAUUCCUGAUUCUCCUGAUAAAAGAGCAUUUCCAGUGAACAUAUCGAAGAAGUUGUGA